GAGGAAACUCUAUCUCCACGAAAUACGAGUACGACGAAGAAAAAAGGAAUUAUAAUCUAAAUAGACCGAGAAAAAUAAUUGAAGAAUUGUGUUUAUUUAUAACAAGAAUCGCGUUGUACGACGCGAUUGAGGAUGUUAAAAGUGAUCGUUCACGUUUCAACAGUCACUAUAUAGGCCAGCAAGUGCAUCCUUAGUAUCAGUUUAACUGUAGAAACCUCAAAUAGACGUGAGCGCUUGUGAGAAGAAACAUGACAGAAUCGCACGACAUUGAAGGAUACUACAAUGUUGCUGAAGAACUGGUUUUAAAAGCAGGAAAAAUAAUAGAAAAUGCCAUUAAUUUAAAGAAAAAUGUAAAAAGUAAGGGAAUUGACUGGGACCUUGUAACAGAGUAUGAUAAAAAAAUAGAAAAUGAUUUACAGAAACAGUUGUCAAAAAUAUAUCCAGAACACAAAUUUAUUGGUGAGGAAUCAGUAGCAGAAGAAAAGUGUUUACCAAAACUAACAAACGAUCCAACAUGGAUCAUAGAUCCAAUAGAUGGCACAACAAAUUUUGUGCAUAGAUUUCCUCAUACAUGUAUCUCUUUAGCACUGUUGAUAAAUAAAAAAGCAGAAAUUGGUAUAGUAUACAAUCCAUUGAUGAAACAAUUGUUUUCUGCAAAGAGACAGAAAGGAGCCUUUUUAAAUAGACAUCCUAUAAAAACAUCAGAGAUAACAGAUAUAUCUCAAACGCUGGUCGCAAUGGAACCAUGGAUUGCUAAAGAUUCAAAUUAUUUAGUUACUGUAUAUAGUAGAAUGCAUGCGUUAAUUCAAGGAACUCAUGGAAUAAGGUCAUUAGGGACUGCAGCUCUUACAUUAUGUUAUGUUGCAAUGGGUGCUAUAGAAGCAUAUCAUGUUGAAAGUAUAGAUGCUUGGGAUGUUGCUGCUGGAAAACUGAUAAUAGAAGAAGCAGGUGGAAUAGUAAUAGAUACAGCCGGUACAGAAUUGGAUUUAAUGACACCUAGAGUCAUUGCAGCUUGUAAUCAUCAAAUUGCUGAUCAGUUGGUUCAUCUCUUUAAAAUUGCUGAUUCAAAAGCAAUUGACAGAAACUUAAGAUGAAAUAUUUUAUAUUAUGAAAUUUAAUAACAUAUCUCAUAUAAUGAAUGCUAUGUUCGCUUAUAUUUAAUAUACACUGUAGAAAGUAAAUUUUAUACUUCAAUAAAAACAUUUU